CAAGCCAUGAACUUUGGCCGCGGUCCCUCGGUGGUGUUGAACGUCGGGGGCACCCGGUACUCCUUCUCCCGGGAGGUGCUGAAGGAUUUCCCGCUGCGCCGGGUGAGCCGCCUGCACGGCUGCCUCUCGGAGCAGGACGUUCUGGAGGUGUGCGACGACUACGACCGGGAGCGGAACGAGUACUUCUUCGACAGGCACUCGGAGGCCUUCGGCUUCAUCAUGCUGUACGUCCGGCACGGCCACCUGCGCUUCGUGCCGCACAUGUGCGAGCUGUCCUUCUACAACGAGAUGAUCUACUGGGGGCUGGAGGGCUCCCACCUCGACUACUGCUGCCAGCGCCGCCUCGACGACCGCAUGUCCGAGACGUGCACCUACUACGCGGCGGAGGAGCCGAGCGGCGGCCCCGAGGGCAAGGGAAAGGGCCGGCGGCCCCCGGCAGCCGAGGGCAGGAAGUGGCUCGAGAGGAUGAGGAGGACUUUUGAGGAGCCCACGUCUUCCGUGGCCGCCCAGGUCCUGGCCACCGUCUCCAUCCUCUUCGUCAUUGUGUCCAUGGUGGUGCUGUGCGCCAGCACCCUGCCCGAGUGGCGGGCGCCGGAGAAUCGCAGCGUGGAGGAGCAGAGCAGGUACACAGCAGAGUCAGUGAGGGAGCCCUCAGGGAUAAUUGAAGCUAUCUGCAUAGGCUGGUUCACUGCAGAAUGCAUUGUGAGGUUCAUCGUCUCCAAAAACAAGUGUGAGUUUGUCAGAAGACCUCUCAACAUCAUCGAUUUGCUGGCAAUUACUCCUUACUACAUCUCUGUUCUAAUGACAGUUUUCACAGGGGAAAAUUCACAGCUUCAGAGGGCUGGAGUCACCUUGAGGGUCUUAAGAAUGAUGAGAAUCUUUUGGGUGAUUAAACUGGCCCGUCAUUUCAUUGGCCUUCAAACACUUGGUCUGACUCUGAAGCGUUGUUACAGAGAGAUGGUGAUGCUACUUGUCUUUAUCUGUGUUGCUAUGGCAAUUUUCAGUGCACUUUCACAGCUUCUUGAAAAUGGGCUGGACUUGGGAACAAAGAAUAAGGAUUAUGCCAGCAUUCCUGCUGCUUGUUGGUGGGUGAUCAUCUCGAUGACCACAGUUGGUUACGGUGACAUGUGUCCCAUCACUGUGCCAGGAAGGAUUCUUGGAGGAAUUUGUGUGGUUAGUGGCAUCGUUUUAUUAGCCCUGCCAAUCACUUUCAUCUAUCACAGCUUUGUGCAAUGCUACCAUGAGCUCAAGUUCCGAUCUGCUAGGUACGGUAGAAGCCUCUCUGCUGAAUUCCUAAAUUGACCCAACUUGCAUUCUGUUGUACUGGCUUGCUAAGCUUUGUCUUAGAAGAGAAUGGUGGAAGGUCCCUUCGCGUGUCCUCCUUGACUGGAUGGUCCUGUGGAACAACAUUCUCACCAGCCUGGAGAAAGCUCGUCACCAUUCAGACAGGAAGGAUGUCCAUCUGUCUUGAGCACCUUGCAAGGAGAGGGAGUGAUGUUUCAAAUUUGAGAGAAUAAAAUUAACAAAAGAGGAUUCAGAAAUCCUCAACCAGACCAGUUUGGUGUUCAGUUUGCCUUCCCACAAAAAAAGCAGAACAAAAAAUGGGUGUAACACUGAGAUCUGUCAUUCCUGUAAUUAUAUCCUAAACCAUUCU